GCAUUUUCAUGUGACUGUGCUGUUUACGGAUGGCAAUCCAAUUGUCAUCAUUAAGAAACCAUGAGGUGGAUCAUUAAACACGGAUCUUAUAUGACAGUGAAUUCCAACUUCCUGCUCGCUUCCCCAUUUACUUUCCUACUGGAAAGUCGGCAGGAAACUUUGGAAAUUGCACUCGCACGAUAGCAGCUGCUGCAACAUUGCAAUUGCAAACCAAGUGCCAAGAACCCAGAUCUCAAUCGUGUAACUGCGGAGACGCUGUGAUGGCUGGAACUCUGCAGACCAAUCAUAAGUGCCUCCUGUUGAGCAUUGUCACAAGUUUGAACGGUUGUUGACAUGGUCAUAAUGCAAGCACCACUUUUAUAUGCAUCCUGCUUUAGUAAGAAAAUUCUGAUUAUUGGACAGGUGUGCUGAAUUUUUUCUAUUUGAGAAAUUAAUGAUACUUUUUUUUGUCUCUACAAUUCUUUGUUCCCAGUCAUGCCUACCUUAAAAAAAUUUCGCGCUAUGAUCAAUAAACGGAGAUUAACAAGAACAUGUACUUUGGAUGAGAUCAAGACAGAUAUCUCUUUUUUACAUCCCCCUCCGAAUGGGGGUUGGGGCUGGGUUGUAGUCUUAGCUGCUGCUACUCACUGCUUGCUUGUCAGUGGAUUUCAUAGCGCCUUUGGUGUUUACAUGCUGCCCCUUCUUGACACUUUUAAAUCAAGUAACUCGCAGAUAGCUUGGAUUGGAUCUGUCAGCUAUGCUUUCAUUAUGAUUUUUGGUCCUGUUUCUGGAAAACUUCUGGUGAAGUAUGGAGCUAUAAAAGUGGCGAUAAUUGGAAAUCUAGUGACCAUAGGUGGUCUAGUGUGGUCAUCAUAUACUCAGAAAUUACCAAUGCUGUUUUUCACUCAUGGAAUCAUUGUUGGUGUGGGAUCAAGUCUGGCUUACACUCCAGGCCUGAUAAUGGUUAGCCUUUACUUUACUACAAAGCGUUCAUUUGCCACUGGAUUGGUGAUGGCUGGUGGGGCUGCAGGAACCUUCGUACAGAAUAAACUUCAGUAUUAUCUAAUUCAGAAACUUGGAUGGAGAGAUAGUUUGCGUGUGUAUAGUGGAAUUCUAUCCAUAUGUAUUUUUGCUGGAUUUGCAUACAAGCCUCUUCAAAAACACAGAGCUCAUCCAAGUGUAGUUGAAAAAUUUAAAACAUCGCCACUAAGAGGUUUUAUAGUUGAUUUAGGUUUAUGGAAAGAUCGUAUUUUUGAGGCAUGGGUCAGUUCUCUUGGAUUAGCAAAAUUUGGAUUCUACAUACCUUUUGUGCAUAUGAUGAAACUUGCAGGUGAUUUGGGUAUUCCUUUGGAAAAAGCAUCCUACAUUAUGGUAGGACUUGGAGUAAGCAGCAUGAUUAGUUGUCUUAUGUUUGGAAAAAUUUGUGAUAGUGAAAAUAUCGACCGACUUUAUAUUAAUCAGGCAUCCAUAUUAUCUGUUGGUGUGGUCUACUUUAUUAUUCCUCAUUGCACAUCUUUUGGCGCUCUUGUAGCCAUUUGCUCCCUUUUGGGAUUUUUUGAUGCAGGAAACUAUGUUCUCCUACCUGUCCUUACAUUUGAUUUGAUGGGAGCAGAGAGAAUGCCUGUUGCGUGGGGAUUUAUGAUGGCUGUCAACGCAAUUAGCUGUUUUGGUCCACCCUUUGCAGGUGCAAUGUAUGACAUGUAUGGCAGUUAUACCAUUGGCUUUGUAGUAACCGGGGUUUGCAAUAUUGCAGCAGCUGCCAUACUCGCUUUAAUACCCUGGUUGCAAAGAGAAGCAGUCCAGUCAACAAAAAACUACAUUAAUGCUUCUGUAUGUGUAAUAACCAAUACCAUAGUGCCUUGGCAAUCUCCAAGUCCUUCAUUAGGGAGUAUUACUUCCUCGUUCACAAAAUCUAUGGUAUCUCCUGAACAAAGUAUAUCAGGCCAUUCAAAAGGAUUCAGCAUGAAGUCCUUUAAGAGCAUACUAAAGUCAGAUGCAACAUCUGGUAAAAAUGUGACGUCAGACCGAAGGAUUUCUGUGGGUACUGUGGAAUAUAUGAAGGUUUUCCCGGAGCAAGAGGACAAUAAAGCUGAGUGGAAGCAAGACUUAACUAAAUCAGAAUUAGCAUCUCUUCAUAGUCAAACUUCCAUGACCCAGGACCUACACAUACCUUGUAGAAAAGAAGAUGGAGUGGUCUUGAGUGAGUAUGAGGGAGAUGAAGAAGAAGCUGAGAUUACAACUGGGGUAAGGCCUGCACAAGAACUAACCGUGCCAGAACUAUUCAUAAGAAGGGAAAGAUCAGACUCUAAACAAUUGGAGCGUUUUCCUCACAGAAAAGAAGAUGGAGUGGCUUUCUUAGAUGAGUAUGAGGAAGAGGAAGAAGAAGAAGAAGAAGCUGAGAUUACAACUGGGGUGAGGCCUGCACAAGAGCUAAUUGUGCCAGAACUACUCAUGAGAAGGGAAAGAUCAGACUCUAAACAAUUGGAGCGUUUUCCUCACAGAAAAGAAUAUGGAGUGGCUUUCUUAGAUGAGUAUGAGGAAGAGGAAGAAGAAGCUGAGAUUGCAACUGGGGUAAGGCCUGCACAAGAGCUAACUGUACCAGAACUAUUCAUGAGAAGGGAAAGGUCAGACUCUAAACAGUUGGAGCGUUUUCCUCAUAGAAAAGAAGAUGGAGUGGCUUUCUUAGAUGAGUAUGAGGAAGAGGAAGAAGAAGCUGAGAUUGCAACUGGGGUAAGGCCUGCACAACAGCUAACCAUGCCAGAACUAUUCAUAAGAAGGGAAAGGUCAGAUUCUAAACAGUUGGACCGUUUUCCUCACAAAAAAGAAGAUGGAGUGGCUUUUUUAGAUGACUUUAUUAGUGAUGAGGAAGAGCAUUUGAGAUAUAUGCCUUCUGCCUCUCACAAAAAAGAAGAUGGGUCGGUGUUCUUGGAGGAUAUUGAUGACCCUAAUGAAUAUCAAGAGCAGCUUAAAAGCACAACUACAUUGAGUCCAAUGGAAGAUGAAACCAAAUCCAAAAUGGCAUCUGAAAAAAAUGAAACUUCUACAUCAUUGAAAGACUCUGAACACACUUCCUCACAGGAAAUGAAAUGAUGUGAUAUUUGCUAAAGAUGAAGUUAACAAUUUACCAUCAUAAGAGAAGAAACAACAAUAAUUCAUUUGUAGUAUUAAUGGCAUUUGAUCUAGCACAUCUGUAUGACUUAGUAGUAGCAAUUUCUUUGUGUUAUUCUGUAUACUUUUUUCAUGCGUGUUUACAUAGCUUUUACAAAUAAUUGUUUUUAAAAUGAUUGUGUUUUUUUUCAUUAUUUUAUAACUUAGAUGUACCAACAAUUUGAAAAGAACUGCAUUCCCAGCAGAUAUUAAAACCAUUUGUUUUCUGCUUUUGGAAAAUAAACAAGCCUUUAAGUUA